AUGUCAGACUCACCAAGGGAUACCUUUCAUCUCAAUCCUCCUCAGAGUUUCGCCUACACCGACUUCGUUAUCAAAGCACCGCUCCCCCGACUUCCUCAUGGUAUGCCUGCAGAGACCGCAAGGCGAAAAUAUCCACGCACGCGCUUGAAGAGGCUGAUCAGGGCCGUGGAGGCUCGCUUGGGAAGACACCGUUGUUUUUUCAGCGAACUGCAGCCGAAAGAUCAAAAGAAGGAGUCACAAUUCGAAGUGAGCAAGCUCUACGCGAGCUAUGAGGUCGAGCAUUGGCCGGGCGCGUUGGCGCAGUUUGACUGGACGCAGUUUGUCAUGGCGAAUAUCGAACGCGACGCGAUGCGCAAUGAAUAUGGACCGACUGUGAAACUGACACUGCCCAUACUGCCAGCUUCGGCCGUGCCGAUCUACCAGGAAAUGUUGCGGCAAGAAAGGAGUGAGUCGGCGAGGAUGGACGCCAACUUGGGCCGCAUCACCGGAGUGGCCUACAAUGGUGACAUACGUACCUACCCUGCUGGAGACUCUCGAAGACAGGCUUUGUGCGACGGGCCGAUUCAACAGCACGGAUUGAUGCGGACAUCGUUCAUGCCACUACUUUCUUCCUCUCCAAACAUACGUGACGCCCUCUUUGAGCAUAGCAGAGAGGAGCUUGAGGAACUGGUUCGCAAUGACCAACUGUUCCGCAGGGCUUGCGAAUACCAUCAAAGAAUUGUUCAAAAGGACUUGAGACAAAUGUACCGCUGCUAUCUGCGUUGCAUUGGUCGGCAGCCUGGAAUGCACUUGUGGACGUGGCUAGAAGUUACACACGAAGCAAGAAGGUUGAUUAAGAUGACCUUUAUUCAGCAACUGAAAAAUUGGAUACAACAACAACCAAGCAUCAAAUUCGACUUCCAAGACGUGACGGAGACAGUCCUAGACCUUCAGCUGAGAUACUUGACUUCACGGGCCCGACAUUUCGACCCCAUACCCACACAAGCUUCACCACAAUUUCAAACAGAGCUCCACCGCAAGCAUGUGAUUGCCGCGAUGCUAAGACAGCGACGGAUUCUCCGAGAAUGGACGACGUCUAUCGCAAGGCGGUCCAGCGUGCGCGAUGGCGAGAGGUAUCGGAGAGAAGGCGAACAUAUCUUGGAUAUGUGGACUGGCACUGUCGAAGAGUACGAGACGUUCAACGAACGGAACAGAAAGGAGAAUACGGUCACUACUGCCGGUAUGUUGCCUAUGGCGACUCAGCUUCGUGUUCGUCCGCCGAGGGCUCAAGUUCAGAGUCAUGCAAGGGUGCACGAGAAACAACAGUCGCCGGAUGGAGCGCAGCUUCCGCUGCAAGUGCAAGGACAGGCUCAAGUGCAAAUGCCGGCUCAGGGACCAGAACAACCGCGGACACAGAUCCCGGUGCUGAUGCAGGCGCGAGAACAGGGCCACUCCAAACCCCAGGACUAG